AUGAAUGGUAUGACUCGACAUGACUCGACUGGACUGAAGAGUGUGGGGAUGGAAUAUGGAAUAUAUGUAGAUUCGGAAGUUGAAGUGGAAGUGGAAGUGGAAGUGGGAGUGGAAAUGGAAAUGGAAAUGGAAAUGGAAAUGGAAAUGGAAAUGGAAAUGGAAAUGGAAAUGGAAAUGGAAAUGGAAAUAGAAAUAGAAAAUGGAAAACGGAAGGAUGUGCUAGUUAAUGAAGUGAAAGGAAAGGAAAGGAGAGGAAUGAUUCGGGCAGUGAGUGGAGAAUAUAUUGACUUUGAGUAA